GUUUCUUUUAAUCCUAAGAUAUUAUUGUAAAUAAAAGAAAAAUGAGAAUAUUUUUAAGUCUUUUGUUUUCAUUAUAUUCAUAUGGAUGGAUUUAACAUAAUUGGUUGAAACAUGUAAUUAAAAACAAUAAAAAGGGAAUUUGAUAUUAGAAAAUAACCAAAUUUUUUGAUUCCUAUUUGGAUAUAUCAUGCUAGAAGAGAACAUUAUAUAUAUUAUGAAUAAUCAAGAUUGGCUAGAGGAUUGACAACAACUUUUUCAUAUUAUGAUUGGGAUCCUGUAUCAUAAAUGGUUUGUUAUACUGACAAAUAAGGAAAAUAAAGAUUUGAGAAAAGUAUUUUCAAUAGAGAAAGACUUGAUAUUAUUGAUAAUGCUUUAUUUGAAGAGAUUUUUAGAGGAGAAAUGACAGCAGAAAAAAUUAAAAGAGGAUCACUUUUAGUAGCUUAUGAAUUGAAUUGUAAUAAUCGAUUUGAUUUAGAUGUAUAAAUAUAUUUAUAAUUAGAAUUAUUUGCAUUACAAACCUAUAAAUUUUAUGGAUAUUAUUAGAGGACUUCAUUUUUAAUUUUAUGUCUAACUCGGUUUAACAAAUUAAUAUAGAUAUGAUCAUUUUAUAUCUAAACCUGAUUGGUUGUAUGAAUGGGAAUAAUGGAAGAUUGAAUUAAAUGGAAUGAAUCGAUUAAAUUUUUUUAAUAAAUUAUUAUUAUCAUUUAAAUGA